AUGAGAGUCCGCUCGUCUGUGUUCGCCUGCUUCAUUUUAAUAUUUGAAGUGCUCGGCGUUGCCCUCUUCCUGAGGGGCUUCUUCCCUGUUCCUGUAAAGUCUUCUUUCUCCUCCAAGAGCAAGCUGUCGGAUUUACCCGCGGAGCCGCUGGCAGGAAGCCCUCCCAACUCCACCCGCCUGCCCCAGCCCCUGUUCAGGAGGGUCGUCCUCAUGGUGGUGGAUGCCCUCCGAGACGACUUCGUGAUUGGACCCGCCGGGUCCCACAUGCCCUACACCCGGUACCUGGUGGAGAAAGGCUCGUCCCACAGCUUCGUGGCCAAGGCAAGACCUCCCACUGUUACCAUGCCAAGGAUCAAGGCUCUCACCACCGGCAGCAUCCCGGGCUUCAUCGACGUGGUAAUGAAUCUGAAUUCCCCCGCCCUCCUGGAGGACAACCUCAUCUGGCAGGCCAAAACGGCCGGCAAGCGCAUCGUCUUCUACGGGGACGACACGUGGGUCCGCCUCUUCCCGAAGCACUUCAUGGAGUACGACGGAACAACCUCGUUCUUCGUGUCCGACUACACCGAGGUGGACAACAACGUGACCCGCCACCUUGACAGCACCCUGAAGAGAGAUGACUGGGACGUGCUGAUCCUCCACUACCUGGGCCUGGACCACAUCGGCCACAUCAGCGGGCCCCACAGCUCGCUCGUCCGACCCAAGCUGCUGGAGAUGGACGACGUCCUGAAAAAGAUCCACGGUUCCCUCGUUUCCAAGGAGGCUGAGGGAUCUUUGCCCUACCUGCUGGUGCUGUGCGGAGACCACGGAAUGACCGAGACUGGUAGCCACGGGGGCUCCUCGGUGCCAGAAGUCAACACGGCUCUGGUGCUCAUCAGUCCAGCCUUUAAAAGAAAAGCGGGAAUGGAGAGGCCCGGCGAGGUGGAGCAGGUCGACCUGGCCCCAACGCUGGCCCUGGGCCUGGGGCUGCCCGUGCCCCAGAACAGCGUCGGCCGCGUCAUCCCCGGCGUGCUGGAGGAGCGGUCGCUGCGGGACCAGCUGCGCUUCCUGCAUCUCAACGGCCACCAGCUCAGCUGCCUGCUCCGAGACAGCACGCCCGACUACCAGAAAGAGGCCGGCUUCGAACAGUUUCGUGUGGCAGAAAAGGCUCAUGGGAGCUGGAUGAAGCUCUACCUGGAAGGAAACACCUCUGAGGUUCUGACCAACAUGGGCAAAAAAGUCCUGAAGCAGUACCUGGAGGCGCUGGCUGCCAUGAGUUCUGCUCUGAGCAAACAGCUGGGCAAAUACGACAUGUACUCCAUGAUCGCAGGAAUGGUGUUUGUGUUCCAGCUCCUGCUGGUCUUACUGCUGGCGAUGCCCGAAGCCCUCAGCAGCGCCGCGGCAGUGGACCUUCCGGUGCUCUCCUCCCUGCUCUCCCUGCCUUUCUACCUCUUGUGCCUGCUCCUCGCCUCCGUGCACGUGUUGGUGUGCACGUCUGCGGAGAGCUCCUGUUACUUCUGCAGCCUCUCCUGGGGCCUCGUGUUUGCCGCCGUUGCCUUCUCCUCGGCGAUGUUUUGCAUUCUGAUCUCCAUGGUGACACGGAGGCUCCCGUUCGGACCCGCGGUACAUGGGAAGUCUCCUGUGCGGAGCUCCGGCGGGGAGUGGUCGCUGUCGGAGCUCGACGUCCUGCUGCUGGCCGGAACCGUCGGCCACACGCUCAGCCUGGCGGCGAGCAGCUUCGUCGAAGAGGAGCACCAGACCUGGUACUUCCUGCUCAACACGCUCUGCCUCGCCGUCUUCCAGGACGUGUGCAGGAAGUACUUCAGGGAGCAGAGGGGCUCCGGAGACGAAGAGGAGCACCUCCUUUUGUCCAAGGACAUCCGCUCCUCUGCUCACCCCAAACAGGAGGUCGUCUCGGAGAAGUGGCUGGCGCUGGCCACGCCCCCCUUCACUCUGCUUUGCUGCCGGCUGCUUCGCUCCCUCAACCAGACAGGAGUUCAGUGGGCCCACCUCCCAGAUGUCAGCCACUGGAUCAACAGCUCCGAACAUAAGACGGUCCUGUCCCUGCUGUCCGCGCUCUGCCUGCUCCUCAUCUACCUCCUGGUUCAGAGACGCUGCUCGCUCGUCUCCAAGGUCGCCCUGGCGCUCGGACUCCUGGGCGUCUACAGCUACCGGGCAGCUGUCGGCAGUGUCCUGUUUCCCUGGCAACGCUCCGGCCGAGCCGCGUCCAAGGGAACGGUGGAGGCACGCUUCGUCUACGUCUUCGUCCUGGGCAUCCUCUUCUCGGGCACCAAGGACCUGCUGAGAUCCCAGAUUGUCACGGCAGAUGCGAAGCUGAAGAGCAGGGGGUUGUGGGAGAUUUACAGUGGCCUGGUGCUGCUGGUUUCGCUCCUGUUUCGGGCCCAUAACCUGCCGGUGCUGUGCUGCGGGCUCCUCAUCCAGACGCUCAUGGCUCAGUUCAUCUGGAAGAAGCUCCACUAUGACGCGGCCCAGACCACCAUCAUGCACUACUGGUUUGGCCAAGCCUUCUUUUACUUUCAGGGCAACUCCAACAACAUUGGCACCGUCGACAUUUCUGUGGGCUUUGUCGGUCUGGAAAGCUACAUCGAAGCGCCUGCCAUCUUUUUAACAGCUCUCAGCACUUACGCGGGUCCCCUGCUCUGGGCCUGUCACCUCGUCUGCUACCUGAGCUCGGAGAGAGAAAGGAGCCCGGUCGCCGUCGGCCACGGCUGCUACUGCUUGGCCCUGCUGAGGUCGGUGCCGGCCGCCGCCUACAUCGUCCUGGUGACGGUCCUGCGCUACCACCUCUUCAUCUGGAGCGUUUUCUCGCCCAAGUUGCUGUACGAGUCCAUGCACCUGCUGCUGACCGCGGGAGUGUGUCUCGUCUUCAUCACCAUGGAGCAAAGUCCCGGCUCCAGUAAGUCCUAGUGGGAGGCGAGGCGGGGUCGGACGCAGACCCCUCGGACUGCCGCAGUACAAUCGACUCCCGCUUCUCAUCUCCUCACGCUGUGUGAAUAGAUGUGCUCUCAGUGAUAUAUUUAAAUAUGUUUCUAUUUCUAAAAGAUGGGGGGGAGGGGAAAUGUUUGAGGAUGAAUAAAAAUGUGAUGUAACUUGUGGAAAGAGGCCAUAUCUCUUCCCUCAGAGAUAUGCCUGACUUGGAGGUGCAGAAUAAAAGCGGGCUGUUGGAGAACUUUGAUGUUGCGUUUUCUGGGGUAGCUGCGUGUGUUUACCUGUUUUCAUGCCGACCUGCGUCCUCCGGGCUCGUCCCGACUUAAAACGCAGCGGUCUGAAGUCGAGACUGUCGGUUCCCCCCGGGGCUCCGGACGCUUCUUGAUCAGAGGUAAGAGAAACGGAAUCGAUCAUGACAGUUUUCCAGUCAAAAUGUGUCCGGAUUCCGGGUCCCGCUGCGUCCUUCACUCCCCAACACUGAUACUGGAUUAUUAAUCUAGCCAGAUAUCCCACUGUGACGGACCGAAAGGGGUCCGCGAUGGAUUCCUUUGGAGUUUGUGCCGUCUCGGGCCUAAAGGUGCAGAGGUGCCGAGGCGAGCGUGAGCGAGAUGUCAGACGGCUUCGGCCUGCGUCCGCCUACACAGAGCUGUAAAAACGGUUCUAAUCAGGCAGCGCUAAUGAAAAUAGCUGCGUUGGAGGAACACAGGAGCGCAGAGUGGGAGUUUUAAAGACACUGCAGUCAUUUCUCUGUAGAAGUUUUUCUAACAUGUAUCACGGAUAACUGAUUAAACUCCAGUUUUCUUUUGUUUGUUUUUUUUAUUAAUAUUAUUGCAUAAGUUGAGCUUUUUCGGUGGUAAUUGUUUAUGAAGCUCUCUUGGAGAGCAAACAGCUGUCAGAGUUACACUUCUUUCCAAAAGUAUUUAUUCCUCCCAAGCUUUUCAUUUUGUCAUGUUAGAACCACAAACUUCAGUGGGUUUUGUUGGGACUGUUUACUUGUAUUAGGACAAAAGGUGAAACUUGGCUAUUGCGUUUAAUUCCUGCAUAUUUACACUGCCAUGAAAUGCGGUAAUGUUGAUUAAUGUGUACUGUCCAAAUUAAAUUAAUUCCACUUUUUUUUUCUCCCUCCAGGGGGUCUUU